CCGCCGCCCGGCGUAAUCGACGCCGCCGCCGCGAUCGGCUACAGUCGGGCGUCUUAGUUCGGGAGAAGGAGCGGACCGGUUCUAUUAUAUAAGGCCGCGUGUCCCGUCGGCCCGGUCUCUGUGUCCAAGUCGCUCAGUUCCGCCGUACACCACCACCGGCAACCAGCUGACAAUCGCGGUCCACUUGUGAAAAAAGCAAUCAAAAUUUAAAAAAAUUAAACACACGUUAUUUAAUUUUUUUAAAUCCAACGCACGGUUUUCGCCGUUCCCGACCGGAACGACCUAAUCGUACGCAUUCGCUGCGAAACACACGCAUUUGUAUUACUCUUACGCCGUAACAGGAACGCAUACGGGCUUACAACAUGAGGACCAAGCCGGAAAUGAUGGGUCAACUGCGACCGGCUUUCAGCGAACUCAACAUUUCCGAAGGUUUCGAAUUCGACACCGAAAUCGUCACGAACGAGGUAAAUAAAAUAUAUGGCGCACUUUUUUUUUUUUCUGUAUCACAAUUAUAAUAUAAAGGUUCUCUCGCUCUGCACAUCGCCUUUGCGAUAUUUACGCGGUUAGGUUAGGUUUGCGUUAUUUCAGUACAACGACAGCUGAUAUUAGGCAAUAGUAUUAUAAUUGAUUAUUAUAAUACCGUCUGAUAAUAUCAUUAUUCGCAUUCUCGUCGGGAUUAUACGCGUAAGGUAUAACCCGUAUUAUACGGUAAUAUUAUAAUAACAAUACGGCGCGAUCGUAUACAUUUACCUACGUAUGUGUUUCGACAUCGCGACCAUCACAACACGUCCGUUCGCAUGGAAACCCGUAAAAGUGUGCGAAUCGAUUUCUAUUCUAUAUUUCCCACCUGUCUUCCCCCCCCCCUCCGUGCCCGUAGACGAUAUUAUUUAAAUUUUUAAGGGCGCCCCACGACGGUGUCUUUCGCGCGCUAUUUUUUACGUCGCAUUUUACCGCGCCGUCUUUGUCGUUAUUAUAACGCGCGGAGACGAUUUUUCAGGCGAACACUCUCGUUGGGCACGUGAAAACGAAAAAAAGGGUGGGACACAUAUAUACCUACGAUCGUAUGAAAACAGUCCGUUUGAAAAUGUCGAAAACUAAAAAUUUAUCAACUACCUUUUGGUUGUUUUUUUUUUCUAAUAAAUUUAUCAUAAAAUACGAGUAUUAUAUAUUAGUAUACGCUCGUAGUUCGGAUUUCGUCUUCCAGAGAGUAUCCGUGUAUAUUAUUAUUGUCGCAAAAUGGUUUUUCGUUAUUAUUCGGUUUCCCCCUCCCCCUCCCGUUUCAUUUAUAAGCGAAUAUAUUAUAAAUAUAACAUUAUAACGUUCAACCGGUAGGUAUAUAGUAGUUACCGAUUUUUAAUAACGCGCAAAACCGGCUCUCCGUUUAUUUUCCCGGGCGAUAAUUUUUUAUUUUUUUUCACACAACCGACACGCCGGGCGUACGUAACGCGACUACUGGUCGACGACGCUCGCCGUACGUUUGUAUUAGUACGAUAUAUUACAUUAUGUAUAUGUGUGUAUAGGUGGUAACUGAUAAUUAACAUAAUAAUAAUAUUAACAUUUUUUUUUUUUUCACGGUUGCAACGCCGCACGUAUAAUAUUACAGCGACGAGCGAUAGUAUUACUUUCGGUGUUACCGUCGAAAUAAAACCGUAUAGUAGUAUAGUCGGGCGAUAAAAAAUGCAGCGGCCGCGGCGUAUAGGCACCCGUCAUAAGCUCGGGCAGCGAAUCGGGUAGACGCAUCUUUAAACGGAACAUUCAUCUCUGAGGACCGGGACGCGUGGUCGUUCCAAACGGAUCGAGAGAGAGAGAAAGAGAUAGGCCGAUACAAAGCCUAUAGCGCGAUAGAGUGAAAAUUUGCGCUCUGAGAACGGCCAAUCGAAACACCCCGUUUAUUAUCGCACGUGUUUCUAUCCUCGAAACGAAACUCCGCCCAACGGAACGCGUUUUCGCGCCGAAUGGUCCGUCUUGCUCUAGACCGUCCAAGUCUGUAACAGAGACGCUUAAAGCGAAUCCCGUCAAUCCCACCGUCGGGUGCCGAACGAAAAAUUUUCCACGGGAGCGAAAUACUAAUCGUUGAACAUUAUUAUUAUUAUUAUUAUUAUUAUUAUCUUCUUCUCUGUAAAACCGCCUCUCGUAUGUAUAAGGGGGUAAUAAUAUUAUCGUAGUUGGGCAUUUGAAAGCCGGAUCCGAAAAGGCCGAUUUCCGACCGAUCACAAGAUUGAAUUACUAUACACCCGCACAGCAGUCGUUGCAGUGUAUUCGAGGUAAUGCGAUCGCGAGUUGGAGGAAUGUAACCCGUCCCACCUUCGCACGCCACUGAACACGUCGUUUGUAUAGUACGCCGUGCAGUUAUAAUAUACAUUUUCCGCGCGAUAAACGAUACGUACGGAUAACAAUGUCCUCUCCCCUUCCCCAUCCCCGCUACUCCGGCCCUCUCAUAACUACGCCUCGGUAUUUCACUAUACAAUUACCUGUAUAUAAUAUAAUCGAUAUUAUAUCGAUAUGCGAAAUCUCCGGUAUAAUAACUCGACCGGAGGCGAUUUAUUAUAAACUCGGACAUUGAGAAAAAAAAACGUUCUCGCGACAUAUCCGGUAACUAUCGGCCGGUCAAGGCGCUUCCGGGGUAGUUUCCGAUAAUAUUUGUACGCGGGCGUUAUUAUUACACAAUUCCUUUGCCCUCCGCGAGGUUACGAGCGCUGUUACCGAUCCGGUGCAUUUCAUCAUAAUAAACGCCGGACAGUCCAGUCGUUUUCAAUCGUUGUCCGAACGGCCGCGAAAAAUCGAUUCCUAAAAAAGUCGAAACCGUCUCGUCUCUCGCUCAGUGGCGGCAGUCGGAGGCGAUUUCGUCGGAGGAGCUUGGAAGUGGGGAACUGGGAUGAGGACAAUUUAUUUUCCGCAAAAACUAUCAUUAUUGCACGCGAUACGAUGUAGACGUUUGGGAAAAACGACGCGACGAGGGAGCGUAUCCCCCGCAUCCCCGUAAUAAAGUUCAGCCACCCUCCUCCCCCUCACGUGAAAAACAUCGAGUGGUGCGUGUGGCACGCCGUGACGUUUUAGAUAUACGCUUCCAGUGACGUACAAAAUAUUUUUCAUACUCGAGGACCCGCCCGAUCGAAACGCGGAUUUUUAUGGACGUCCUACAAAUAAUAAUACAGCGACGACUUUAUUUAGCUAUAUUUACUACACAUAACAUAUAUGCAUAGGCUAUUAUAUUAUAAGUAUUAGAUAUCAAUAAUAUAAUAUUUCUUUCUUCGGAUUUCGGCCUUUUAAGACCAUUCCGUCAGACAAAUCCUCUUCCAGCUCUCUGUCUUCCGCCAAUUCUCUCCAAUUCACCUCUGGGCCCUCUGCCAUUAUAUCCUUUUUAACACAAUCCUCUCAUCUAAUGCGUGGCCUCCCCAGCGGCCUUUUCCCUGUCGGAUAUGUUCAUUGCUUUAAUCAAUGUGCCAUUUUUUCGCCAAGUAUGGCCGGCCCACCUUAUAGUCUUCUCUUUUUGAUUUCCCUCGUAAUACACGGUCUUUGGAAUAGAUUUCGGAUAUAAAAUUUUCCUGUAAUAGUAUCUCGGCACGGGCCAAAUAUACGCCUUAAGAUUUUCCUUUCGGUCCGUUCGAGACUUUCAGUCUCAGUUCGUCCGUGUUUUUUAGAGCCCAUGUUUCAGAUCCAUAAAAAAUGUUAGGCCGUAUUCGUGUUAUAUAGAUUUUAAUAUUCAGAUUUUUUGUAAAUAGCUCAAGAUCUUAUAAGAAGUCCAAUACCAAUAUAAUAUAAUAAUACAAUUCGCAAAACCAAAGACAUUUCUGAUCUCUGAACUAUAUAGUCAAUCUCAAUCUGCAACAUUUAAAUUAUUCGAUCACCCACCCGCCCGCCCGUUUUAGUCACGAGACGAUCGCCUUCAAAAAAAAAAUUAAUUCAACACGCCACUGCAGUAUGCGUCGAUCGUAUAUUCUAUACCGUUGCACGCGCGUGAAUUUCUUUCGGCGCGCGCACUAGCGUUUUCUCGGCCGGCCGCACGUGACUUUGCAACGACCUUUGCGCGCGCGCGCGCGCGCUCGCGCGGGUACGCGUCACGGUACCGGGCCAGUUUUCCUCGUCGACAAUAAUAAUUUCAUUACGCUUCGAAAACGUAUGCGCGUAUCGAUUGUCGAAAACACGACACCGCCUGUUCCUCGUCCUCGGGCCUGCCAUAAAAACGCGCGAACCCGACACUUUCAUACAUACCUACCUACAUGUUCCCGCGAACCUACCCCUAUAUAUUAUUUUACACACACUCCGCCGUAUUUGACCUACCUCCGUCCACCCCCUUCCCAAGGAAGUGAAAAUUCAGGGGAGAGGGAGCAUCCUUAAUUUUUAUUAAUUAUCAAACAUUUGUAUUAUGUGUCUUUUCAAAAAAUGUUGAAGGUAUUGUAACAUACCUAAUAUUAAAUUUUACACUUGUAUAUUAGUAACUGUAAUUGAAUACAAACUGCAACUUUAUUAUAUUUUUCGCGAACUCGUCAACAACUUUUUCUGCUAAAUUAAGUUCUUCGACAUUUUCCUACAUGUAAACAUAUACAUAAUAGUACAUAUAAUCCGGGUAAACGAUUUUCACACAUUAUAGAUCACCGCAAGUCAACUGUCCGCGAAAAAUACCCACAAAUAAUCGGCUGUACCGGUUGGUACCGACUUCAAAUCAUGUAUGGCAUGUAUUAUAUUGUAAUAAUAAAUUAGCGGAAUUCUAUAAACACGGAGUAUAACACCUACCGACUAGGUGCCAAUCAGAAUGUAUUGAUAAAUAUCAAUUCACCCCUUGGUACCAAUAAUGAAUGGGAUUUUAAGACAUUGAAUUUGGAUUUUUGAUUAUUUUAACUUGUCGAAAAGCUAGGGGAGAGUUGCUCCCCCUGCCCCUCCCUCUUGUGAACGCCCUUGCUCUUCCGCCACUCAACAACUACCGCAGGCCCGAUUUCGAUAAAAAGUGCGCGGUAUUCACAAUACCCGUUUUUCACGUAAUCUAUUUUUUUUCGGAAAUUUAAUUUACAUUUAACAAAAAAACAAACCGUAUUUCGCCUAUCGUGCCUGGGCGGCUUUAAUACGAAAAAAUGUUCAACAUUAAUCACGCGAACGCGUGACGUUAUCGAAACGAGGGGAAAUUGAAAUUUAUUUGAAAACGGUCGGCACGCGCGACUAAAAUUCGCUAUUUUUUAUAAUAUUACGUUACGGCGACGAUAGUUCUGUAGUUGUUCGGGUAACACUAUCGAAAUACGAUGUGUAAAACUAAACAGAAAAAAAUCACGAAUCGCGUCCGUCAAUUAACACCAAUAAACUACUCCAAUAAAAAGUUUAUUACGUUCGGUAUCGACGUCUAUAUAAAAGGAUACUGAUUGUACAUAUUAUUUUUUUUUUCCAUUUUUAUCGAAAUAAUACAAUUUCGACACUCCGUUCGAUUUAUUACCCGUAUAUAAAAAAUAAUAAUUUCUAAAUAAUCGGAAUUUUGAUAAAAGAAUAAAUAAAUAUCGUCAAUUUCGAUUUGAUUUAGUAUACCAAUAUAGCGGUUUAAAUAGUAUAUUUGAAUAGUCUAUUUUUUUUUUUUCAUCGACAUUCAAUUAUACGAUAAAUUAUAAUCACAUCCUAUUACGCACUAGAUUUGAAUUUCCAAUAAAAAUUAUCGAUAGGUCGUUUUUAUUUUUGAUGAAUUUUGUAAAAAAAAAAAAAAAAAAACUUGUGUAACUUAUAUAAUGUCAGGUAUAUUAUUUAAUACGCAUGCAUUAUUAAUGAGGAUAAUUAUUAUUGACGAGACCAAUACCGAAUCCGAUCGUUAUAGUCGUCCUGCAGCAGAAACUCACAACCAGUCUUACGAAACGUGAAAGCUAAAAAUACAUAUUAUAAGAAUAUAUUCUCCGUGCACAUUGAUACAUAAAUCCGAAUACACCUGAAUAAUAUUAGGUAUUCAUAUUUCGCUCCAUUUUUUCCCCUUUUUUACGUUAUAAUAAAACAUUUCUAUGUAUUACAAUAAACGCGAGUACAUCGAUAUUAAUAUGUGUAUACAAACAGCGCGUUUAAUUAAUUAACACGAGAUUAUCGCGUGACAUAUUACAAAAUCAUAUUUGCAAAAAAAUCAUCACCUAAAAAACAAAACAAAACCUUAAGAGCUUAAUACUAUUUUCCCGAGAUAAUACAUUAGGUAAUGUUAUCUAUACGUACGAUUUGCUAAAGUAAAAAUCAAUAAGUGCCUGCCUAUAUAAUUGCAUGCGGAUUAAAAAAAAAAAAUGUAUUAAAUUAAUUGUAUUUGUUUUUCGUCAUGCAAAAAAUAGUCGAUAAACGCGUUUACCUGCGCACAUUAAACAAUAUUAUCGUCGGCCUAUCCUAUUAAAACGUAUUAGGUAUCUUAUUAUCAGACGGUCCGAUAUAGCGAUUUAAUAUACAGCUGGGUCGCCUUAGAUUGUCUAAUAUUAUAUAUUAAUUAUAGAAUAAUAAUAUUAUGUAAACGCGCAAAUACACGACGGUGAUGUAUACUGUGCGUUUGUAUAGUUUUUACGAUUUUUAAAAAAUUAGCUCUCGACUAUUGGCGUGUGUAAAACCAAAAAAAACUUAAUAACUCGCUCUUCGACGGCCACCGUUCUGUUUACACAAUUGGUAAAUAACCCAAUCGAUAUGACUAUACAGAGUGAUCCGGUUAUCGUGAUACAGGGUUUUAAAAGGAUUUGAACUUUGUGUCUAUUUUCAGACGGUAAAUUGAUAACCCUUCACUAAACCUGGCCGCUCCUCCGGUCUAAACUUUUAACUGUUAUGAUCCACAAAUGGUAAAUUCGAUAUGCGCAUUAUGCGUAUCCGCGAAUGUGUUGAAAAAAAAUAUACCCUAUCCGAAGCUGCGUUCAAAAAAGGGAGGCGAUAGGUGUUUCCUAUUGGAAACUCAAAAGUCGUCUGUAGUACUCGUCGAACAAGAGGAGUACGGCGUAAAAAAUCGAAAAUAAAAGCUUAAGCGAUUGAGAAAAAAAAACGCACUCGAUAAAUUCUCGUAAAAAAUAAUUCACGAUAAAUGCAUCGCUCUGUGUGCACUAAAAGUGCAUAAAAUUAAAGUCGACGGUUUCCGAGAAACCCAAGUGGUUCCUAAAUAACGAAUUCGUGUUUGUUUUUGUUAUUUUUUUCUGCACGCCCAAUACGCGGGCGACCUUGGAACGUUUAUUUUUUUUAAAUUCGUUCACGUUUAAGGAUAAUAAUAAUCCGUCGUGUGCGUGUGUAUACAAGCACUCUGGUGUUUAUAGGUGCAUUUAUAAUAGAUGUAUACGGGGAUACCCAUUACCUUGGACGGCACUAGGGAAAUAUUGUGAAAACGGAUCCCUCUUCACCGUUGUCGGUUCAAAAACGAAAAUGCGUAUAUUAUAAUAUGGUCGUCGGCAUAUUACCGAUUGAUAUUGUAACAAUAAUAUUAUUAUUAUCACGCCGUGGUGUAAAUAUCAAGGACACACGUUAUGACGUAUGUAACAUUAGCUAUACGGUUGUCGGAUUUUUUUUUUUUUUUUACUCAAAGUAGGAUUUUUUACUGCGGUGUAAACACAAUAAUAUCGGACGAAGAGUCGGGUGUAAAUACUUGUAGCGAAAAAAGAAAAGAAAAAAAAAAACACGAGUGCUGUCGACAGACGGCAGUAAGCAAAUGACCACAGCAGCAUUCCUUCGCGUGACCGCCCUGCAGCAGUGCAGUCCGACUGCAUCACAAUAAUAAUAUGCUAACAAUAAUAAUAAUGCGUAUAGUAUUGUACAAGUAGAAGAGACCGACUGCGACGUUUUUAUUUUUUUUUUUUCGUCCAUAACACACUCGCAAACAUUGAACGUGUACACUUUUGUACACGUUCAUUGAGACGUCUGAGGACAUUUCGAAUUGUUAUAUUAUAAUAGAGCGAAUUUCGGAAUAGUUACUGAAAAAAAAAAAAAAAACAAAUCGGACCCCCGUACGCGGCUGUUGAUUAUCGAUAUCAGAAACGAUUGUUAUUAUUGAUAAUACACGUAGAUUUUUAGCGAAUUCGAAUUUGGUAUUUUCCAUCGGACGUCGCGGAAUCGUCUAUUUACAACAUUUUUCUACCUCGUUCCGUAAGCGUUACAACCGAAUGCCGGAAAGAAAAAAAUUUGCCCAUCGGUAUAAUCAAUAUAACCGUUUAAAACGCGUUCAAUGUUUUUACAUUCAAUCACGGAAAACCGAAGAACUUCGAAAUCAAAUUCGGUCAAUAUUGUCGAAACAUUUUACGAAACUUUUAACACAUAAACGUAUAUACUUUGGUACAUCGGGAGACUUUUUUUUUUUCCGUUUAACCGUUGAAACCAUCAACACAUCAAUAUUCUUAGACGCUCGCGUGAAUUGCGAUAAAAGAAUCGCCCUGUAUAAGACAUCACUCGUCUACACUCGUAGCCGUCGUCACCGUUAUGACGUCCUACGUGCUCCGUAUUUUUAAUUUUUACCAUAGAAAACGGGGUUUAUUAUACUCUGCGUUCCAUGGUCACACUGGUUACCCGGGACGUCGAGGACCAAAGGAAACGCGCGUCUACCCCGACCCGAGUACCUCUAUACUUGCGAUCAUCGUUGUUUUUUUUUUUCUCUCAAUAUACGAGAGUAUAAUAGGUCUCCUCGCGUGAGACCGCGCGCGAUUCUAUAAUAAUAUUGUUAUUAUUAUUUUUUUUUUUAAAUUAUGCCGCGUUUUUUUUUCUUUUUUUGCCGGCGGGACCGGGUGAGCGGUGCAUAAUAAUAAUAACAACAACUACCAACGCGUGUGUAUCAUAAUAUCAUUGUACACGCAUUACGUAUGGGCAAGCGGCCGUACACGCGCGUAACAGCCUCGAGGAAAUCUUUGGAAAUGCACUCCAAGGUCAACGCCACGGUGCUGCCGCCGCCGCCAUCCGUAUGGCAAUAAUAACAACGCGUCGCGUUUACGAUGAUAAUGGCAAAAAUAAAUGACAGUAUAAUAAUACGCCGCGUCCGUCAGAGGAGACUGUGUUCGGACGGCGAGACGUUUCCUCGGCGGGUGCACCGGUCUACGAAUCGUCUCCACCGGUACCGGCCGUUUUGAUCCUUACGAAAACGGAAAUCGUAUACGAGAAAUUCGAUUUAACAAGCGCCUCCCGCCGUCUCCGCUAUUCGUCCCCGUAUUGAAAAUCAAGUUUCAGCCACGUUUCCCGGGGGUUAUAAGGUGUAAAUGAUCGACCUUCCCAAUUCUUUUGAAUGUCAAGUGCGAUCGAAGUUUCAUCGUGAUCGGAAUGGCACUGAACAUUCGCGCACGGACAUACGUCAUGUUGGUACACGAGAUUGUUACCGACAACGAUUCUCCGGAGUAAACGAGAUUUUUUUUCAAUUAACGUGUAGGAACAUUGAAAAAUCAAACGGUUUUUUUUUUUUUUUUGUCUUAUCGCGUCGAUAAUCGUAACGUAACCGACAUUCCGCAGUAAAGGCGGUAUUCGGAUGACGAUGAAUAGACUCGCCUCCCGGUGCUCCGUCCGCGUGAUGUUCGUAAACAAUAUUGAGCAAGAUUUACAUAGCGAUACAGUUAGGGACAUGCACGAAUGGAAUACUUCUACGCAUUUAUUACGCCGUAACAUUCAAUUCCACCGUACUCGUGACAUUGUUGGUUGGUCAUGUCAAGUUGGUAGUAUAACGUAUGAAUAAUACGUACGGUUUCCGAUACCGUGGCUAUACAAUCGUGUAGAUAAGCACCCAUUAAUAACAAUAAUCGCAUGGUGCAAACAAAAAUACCGAAUUAUUUCUUCUUCCAUGACUGCCCCCGGAACGGCCCAAACUAGCGUUAUUUCUCUCGCGAUACAUCGCUGCCCCUUUUUACCCCGAAAUACAUUCGUUAACCCACCGAGAAAUGUUCACGGUUUCGUCUGUAAUAUAAUAUCAUCGUUCUCUCGUUUGCAUAUUGGUCAGUCGAUUUUCGGUAUUUGAUCGGCAUGUGUGUGAUGUGUGAUGCUUCACCGCAUCGCUGGAAUGCCGCCUAUAAAAUGAUCAAUGAAACAGAAACGUUUAAUAUUGAUCUAUGCGAACAUUUUAAUUAUACAAAACAAAUUCCAUCUGGGCGUGCGGUAGUGCGACCUACCUAUAUCUUGUACGUUUUUACGAUAACAUUUUGAACUCUGCACUAUUGAUAUUUUACACGGUGAUAUAAUAUUAUCGUUUUUUUUUUUUUUUUUCCCCGCUAUAAUUACCUAAAGGUAAUGUACAAAAGAUCGCCUUCGAUUGACACUAAGUCGUUUUGACCUCUGAAUUUGGUUUUUUUUUUUUUUCAUAAAUAUUACAACAGAUUACCUACUACAAAAUUUGACACGGAUAACUUUUUUUUUCGAUUAUCCUACUGCACCUGGGUCAUCGAUAUAAAUUUAUUCUGUAUGAAAAAAAAAAAAUAAUAAUAAUAAUCAUACUUAUUUUUAGCAAACUAAAUCGAUAUCUCGACCUUCGCGAUUUAUUGAAUAACUUAAUACGAAUACGCUUGUUAAAUAAUAUCGUUGAUUGUAAAAUAAAAGUUCUAUUUUUGUAAAAUACUUGCACUGGAUCCUGUAUGAAUAUAUUUGUCCGUUUUAUACGACCUCGAAAAAAAAAAAGUAUUACCAAAAAUGCUCACACUUGUACUCUUUCUCCUCGUCUCACUACCCCCCACCCACUCUCGUCUAUAGUUAAUUGUACGAAAAAUUAUGAUAUCCGUUUAUUUGCUUAGCGCAUCACUUAUGUUUUUUGCUGCUGUUUAUGGAUCUUCAGACGCAAUGGCAGUAGGUAGUGGCCGAUUCGACAUUAAAUGUUCAUCCUGCUGAACAAUAUUUGAUUUCACAAAUUAAUUAAAGAAAUACAAAACUCUUAAUUGAAAAUCGACAAUCGUUUGAACCGAUUUUUAAAUACUGCGCGAAAUAUAGUUAACACGUUUUGAAUACACACCUUAUGAAUAUUUUUAUCAUAAACUACUUUUAUAUAAUUUCCAUUCCGUUGAGAUUAAUUGUGAAGGUAUUAAUAUUAAUGAGAUUAAUCGAUAUCUAAUGUCAUUAAUCGUAUCUGCAAUCCGCGGUUAGAUAAAAAUAUCAUACGCACGUUGUUGUGCCUACUUUCUAGUUUUCGUUUUGAUUGCGUAUCUGCAGUAUACAAACCUGCCUAAAUACAGCGCGGUUUCAAAACCGACGCAGUAAAUUCCAAGCAAAUAUUUUCAUCGAAAAAAAAAAAAAAUCGUCCAUUUUUUUACUAUCGCCGUGACGCCGUACAGUAGGUGAGAAUAUACAUACUGUUUCAAAACUCGAUGAAAAAUCGUGAAAAUCGACCGACGGGACGGGACCGAUUCGUUACCGUUAUUUUCAGAUUCCGAUCGCAGACCGUACGCUUGUUUGUUUACAACCAGAAAAAUUUUAAAAAAUUAAGAGGGCCAUACCGGUUAAUUUUUUUUUUUUCCUGCUAGUGGUUAGUAGUAAUUUUUUCAGGAGCCCCCCCUGCCCCAUCGAAAUGAUUCUACUCCGGAUCCGCCGCUGGUCGCGCCACCCUCUGCGACAAAACUGCAUGCGUUUCGCGCUGCAGAUAUUAUCAAACCGCAGCGUGUUAUGAACACGCGAUACCUAUCGUCGUCUAUAACAUGAUACACGCGGCGAUCACACUGCAAUACGACAGUUAUUAAUACGUCGCGUAUCGCACGGCGCUGAACUAUUUCUUUUCUCUGAAUAUUAUAAUAAUAAUGAUAAUAUCGUGUCGAACGUCGCACUUAAAAUAGACACGCGCCCGUAAAGACCUAAAUAAUUACGCGCCGGACCACUGUGCCCGCGCGUGUUCGGCCCCGAGCGAUCGACAACAUUGCGGUAUACUGUGCAGGCCGACGGUUUCCGAGUCGGCCGCACGCGUUCGAAACGAUAUUGCGUCGCGACGCGAGAAUACGAAUAUUUUAUUUUAUUAUUUUUUUCUUCCUCUCUCUAUUGAAAGCUUCACCGGCCCGCGGGACAGGCGCACAAUAUUGCUGCGAGUGGAUACGCAAUAUUAAUAAUUCGUAUUUCGAGAGGUCGACCGGGUCAACGGUACGUGUACGUACACGACAACGGGCCGUGUGCGUGUGGCCGCGUCUACUCUCCGGACGGCGGCGCGUACUAUUCCGAACGACGUUCGAAAUUAACAUUCCGGACCGAUCGGAUCGGACGAACGAACAAUACGACGUCCGUAAUAUUGCUCGUAUAACACGGAAUACUGCUGGGCGUACACUGAAAAUAUUACAUACGUUGGGUAUUAAUACGUCAGCGGCGUAUUCGACCAAGUUUUAUGGGAGGGGCGACACUAAAAUUAUUAUACACGAGUUAUGCACGCAAGCUCAUAAUAUAUUCUACCCUGUUUGUUAUCUCACGACGAAGCGUUUUUAUUUUCGUGUCCGACGACACUGUUCUAGCAAUAUUAAAUUUUCGCAUACAUAGCAAAUACCCGCACAAAUUAAUUGACGGGUGGGGACCCCCCCCCGGGUAAUCGCCCACUCUCCUCCAAUACGGCACUGUAUUACGUCGGUUCUCGAGUGUACUAGCCGUCACUAAAAACGAUUCGACUAUAUUCCCGGGGGGGGGGGAAGGGGGGAACUGCGCAGAGGCCUAAUUUUUUUCACACUUUCCGUAGCGCGCAAGAUGUUUGGUAGCUCACGCAAAAAUAGCCCGUCGAAGUGACCGGGAUUAGCGGUUUUAACCCCUACGUCGGCUCGGACAAAAGUCGUGUAUUCGGUAAUUUUAUAUUUUCGAUAAAUUACAAAACGAUAAAACCCAGCUCGAUUUAUCGAUGACAAAUUUGCUCGUUUGGAUCCGGCUUUUUUUAAUACUCGCAUCGGUGUCGGGUGGUACAAUAAAAGAAAACCGUACCUGAUAACCGCGGUUAUCAUCAAUAAUUACUACUCCCGGGAAAAAUACCCCGAGCACGCCACUGUACGCGGGAGCGAACGGCGCCUCGUUAUUUUAUUGGUUAGUCGCGCGGUCCGUUAAGAUGAUUUGUUUUGUCCGUCGUAAAACCAGUUAGCCCCGGCGGGCACCCUCGGAUUGGAUUGGACUAACCACUCCCGGAGGGGGGGGGGUCGGAUACGCCCCGACCGUGGCCGAUCCCCGCGAUAAAGACGCCGGCGGUCCGUCGUCGUCGUCGGCAUUCGCGGAUUUCGCAACUGCGUAGGUCGCCGCAUAACAACAUUAAACCGGUUGCGGUGAUCUACAUUUCGAGUUGUUAAGCGAGCUCGUACGAAAAUUCGAGACGAAAACGAAAUCGUCGGAUGACCUUUUCGCAGCAGCAGCAGCAGCAGCAGCAGUAGCUGCCCCGCGCUGACGUCCGUGUAACCUUCAAACGGUGCGGGCGAAAAAAAAAAAUAAUAAUAAUACGCACGUAAUAAUAGUAAUAAUGUAGUAAAAACCGUCCGCGAUUUCUUCCCGUGGCCCGCCGCGCGGUGACGCAAUCGCCGGCGACGACGACGACAACGACGAGAACAACUUUCGGUCGAUAGCUGCUGUUGGUGAAGCGCGCGCCGCCGCCGCCACCGCGGCACCGGUGACCUGUUUGGCGCGUUGAUGAAUGGUCGGCCGCGCGCGCUGUGUGUGUAGUACGGCGGCGGCGCCCGUGCGUGUGUCGGCGCGCCGCGGCGGGGCGCGCGGGUGACGGCGUUCGGACGGGCGGGGCGGCGGACGCUACCGCACGCGAACACUCACACAUGCGCGUACGGCGAACAACGCGCGGCGCGCGCGCCCGUCGAACCAUUAUAUCGUGGAAACCGUACUCGACGGCGUCGUAGUAGUCCCGAUAGACGGCGGCUGACAGUCGGCAACCAAACCCCCUCGUGCGAGUUCGCGUCCGUCGUCCGCCCGGUAGUUUCGCAUUUUUUUUGGCCCGCCGUCGUCGCGCGCGCAUUGCGUGUGGAAGGGAGCGAGUGCGUCGACGCCGUCCGUCCGAGAAAACGUUUGAAAUUUCAUCAUCGGUCCAGUUUCGUUACUUUUCCAUUUGCCAGUCGGUUAUUUCGCUCGGCCGCGUCCGCUCGUCACCGCCCGUUCUCUUUUCGCCGGUUCCGUGCGUUCGUUCGUUCGUGAUAAUAACCCGUCCACCGCCGCCGCGCCAUGUGUAUCGUGAUACAUCCGAUCCUGCGCGCGCUGUACGGCCUGUUCACAGGAGCCGUGCCGUCGUUUACGUCGGCCGCCAAAGUCACCGUAAGUCACAGUUGCGUACGACUCGGAGCACGUUUCUUACGGCUUUUAAUUAUUACCAUUAUUUUUACGACACCCGACAGAAUUGCAGUAUACGAGCGGCGUCGUCUCGUCUCGGCGGAAUGCCGCGCGCGAGGUGUUAUCGUCGUCGCCGUCCACGCGCGAUAAUCGACGACGGCGGCGGUCACAUGGCGCGUUAAUAUCGCCGGGGCAACGGCUCCGCGUGAAAAUAAUACUCGCGUCGUGGGUGGGGAACGCGCGGCGUGAUUGUCUCCCGGAAACAGCCGACUGCGUCGGACGGACGUUUCUCUUUCUUUUUUGUUUUCCUCCCCGACGACGGACCGUAAUCGUAAAUGAUCCAGAACAAUAACAAUGACUGAAAGUACCUCCCACUCCCCCCGACUUAGUACUACGACUAGUACAGCGAUCCGAGGGGCUAGACACGUUAGCGUUUUCCUCCCCUUUACCGCGUGGGGGGGAGGGCACGACCCUUUUUUAUUUUCUGUGUAAAACGUAACAUUAUAUACAUCGUUCUAUUACUGGUAGGCGCAUUUUGAACAAUACAGUAAAAUAUAAUGUAACUCCCGAGAAUCUCUCGUUUUUCGUUUUUAUUUUUUUUUCCAUCGAUUCUCCCCCCUCGUCCGUUAUUAAUUGUUACGAAAAAGGCUUUUUGGUGGUUUUUUUUUUCUCCGCUUUGUAAAACGUAUUGUUACGGGUAUCUAAAGAAUAACCACCGUGAUUCUAUUUUAUUUCUUAUUUUUUUUUUACGUACGUCUUUUUCGGGAGAACAACAAUAUAAUAAUCGCCGAUGGAAAGUCCGCGUCGAUCGGUUAAAAAUUUCCUAUGUAAAAAAAAAUAUUGUUUAAUAACAUAUUGGACAGGUAUUUCUGUAGUACGUCGAAAAGUUUUAACGGUUUUUCGUUAAUUUUUACGAGGUUCGCGCAAUAAUAAUAUUAUUGCGCGUCGAUCGCUUUCAUGAUUUACUACAAGAGUUGCUUAUAUUGUCGACGUUUUAUUUUUGUUUAUUUUAUGAUAAACGUUUCUUCCGGCGGUUCAUACCAGAUUCAUACUGUGUUAAAAAAGGCUAUUUUACAUUUUUACGACGACCCUUGUAGUUUUGUCAUAUCGCCGUGUCAAACGUACUAUUCGACACGCGGUUAAUUCGGUUAUCGGUUAUAACUCACGUAGUUACACGAUUACGAUUUUUAAAACCGGUCUCACGGUUUAAAACAUUAUUUAUGUUUAAUACGUUUAAACAUACGGUUACCGUCCAACACCACCUAAUAGUAUUCCGGUUUAAUUCCCAAACCGAAGUACCCAUUAUCGAAAUAAUGUUUGUAAUUUAAAAAUAUGAUUUUUGUCGAACCCGCCGGUUUUUCGGCACUGUUGACAUGGCCAAUUCGUUAUUAAUUAUUAUUACCCGACAUUUACGUUGAUAAAUUUGCCAUAUCAGUCAAUUAUGGUACCUAAUAAUAAUUAUAUAGUAUGAAUUAUGAUUAUGAUUUAAAUCGGAAUCGAUACAUACGAACCAUUCUAUACUAUAAUAUCAUACCACAUGAACAUGUUUUGAUAACCACGAACUGAUUUUGAAUUUUGAAGUUAUAUUCGAAAACAAUUAUAACAUUAUUGGUUUUUGCAAUUCAUUUUAUCAUUUACCCUGCGUCUAUAAUACGUAUGUGAAAAUCUAACGAUAUUUCCACUUAGUCGGAUAAUUGCCAUUAUAAUUAUUUUGACCGGGCAAUCCUUAUGAAUUGUGAGUCCUAAAGCGAAAUUUCAAAUAUUUUAUUAUAAUGCAAUUCGUAUUUUUUUCGAACGUGAGGACCUAAACCUAAGUAAGCUCGAAUCUUAGACCUGAGAGCUUUAGACCUGCCCCUCCUCCCACUAAAUCGGCCCUUGACUGAGCAAAUGUACAGUCAUUAGAAGUAUUAAAUUUAAGCGAUAGAUAGUAUAAAAAACGCUAAACAAAAAAAAUUAUGUGUAUAGUUAGGAUAUUAACGAUUUAUACAAUUUGUAAAUUCUGUUUACAAUUUUCCCAUUUGACUCUAAUUGUUUUUCAUAAAAUUGGAUGUUAUACAUUUUAAAAUAAACAAUUUUUUUUGAAAUCAAAUAUUUUGAUUUUUUAUAGAUCAAAGAAGAUUGUAGACCACUUCUUCUGUCCAAUGAACAACUUACCACCUUAAUGAAUGAUAUGGAUAAAGCUAUCAGAAAUGGUUUGGGCAAAGAAACCAACCCUAGCUCUAUUGUCAAGUGCUUUGUCACUUAUGUUCAAGAUCUGCCCAACGGCACAGGUAUGGCGCUAAUCAUUAUUGUUCUAUAUUUGAUAUCAUAUUUGUAUCUAUGGUUUUUUUCUUUUUUUUAGAAAGAGGUAAAUUCUUGGCUUUAGACUUAGGUGGCACAAAUUUCCGUGUCUUACUGAUUGAAUUGGGAGAGAACAGCUAUUUCCAUAUGGACUCUGAAAUCUUCAAAGUGCCUGCUCAUAUCCAGACUGGCAAAGGCACAGAAGUAAUUAAACAGUUUUUUAUUAAAUAAUAAUAAUAACUCUCAUUCUAAAAUAUUGCAUAAUUUUUACAGUUAUUUGAUCACAUUGCUAAAUGUCUGGCAGAAUUUGUAAAAAAACACAACUUGGACAGUAAAAAGGCAUUACCAUUGGGCUUCACAUUCAGUUUUCCGCUUAGGCAAGUAGGGUUAACCAAAGGAUACUUAGAAAGUUGGACUAAAGGAUUUAACUGCUCCGGAGUUGUUGAUGAAGAUGUUGUUAAGCUUCUCAAAGAUGCCAUCAAAAGGAGAAAGGUAAAUAAUAAUGAUAAGAGGCUUAUUCCUAAAUUUUCCCCGAAGUUUAUUGUUAAUGUUAUACCCUGUGAUAAUACUAAAAUGUGUUUCAAUCCUAAAUAUCUGUUUAAAAAGAGUAUAAACACAUAUAAGAUCAUAGAAUUUUAAUGUAGGGCCUGAAUCUACGUUUAACAGCUGUAUUGAAUGAUGCAACCGGAACUUUAAUGAGUUGUGCCCACAAAACAAUAAGUUAUGCAAACAACUGUUUUAUAGGUUUGAUUGUUGGUAAGUUCGGUGAGGCCAAAAUUUCCAAAAAGUAAAAAAUAUAUAUAUAAAACCAGCAAUAUGCAUUGGGUUUCUUGGUUCAACAAAAAACAAAACAAUAUUCAUGUUUGACAACUGCUUUCUGAUCUUAUAAAUGUAUAUAAUAUAUUAUAUGGAUAUUUGUGUUUUGUGAUGUCUUUACAUAUUCAGAGCAUGAAAUAUGUAUUGUCUUUGUACAAAAAAAAGUCUGUGAUUGUCCAGUUUAAAUGAGAACUAUCAGUACAGACCACAGUUUCUCAUUAUUAUAAACUAUACCCGUUUAAUUGCUAUCUAUCAAUAAAUUUUGCUUAAAUUGCUGAUGAUUGUUUCUUAUAAUUUAUAUUAUGUAUACGUCCAUAUGUUGUAUAAUAAAUAAUAUUUGUAUUCCUGUGAUUUAUCAGAAUAUCCAUUCCAAUGUGCAACAUAUAAUUACUAUUCAAAUUGAUUUCUUCACAGUACAGUUCAUUGAGUUGGCAUAUAGUGAAAUUCUUUUUUUUUUUAACGUAAAAACCAAAUUUUGUCCUUACCCCACUCUAAACUAAAAAUUAAAAAUAAUUCAUUACAAAUUAUAAAAUUUUUUUUCACACAUGUUACCCGAAGACCAAAUAUUGGUGAUUACUUAAAGUACUUAUAGAUAUAAAAAUAUUAUGUCUCUAUGAACAUUACAUAAUAGAAGGUUUGUUUCCAUGGUAAUUUUUAUUAGGAUGUCGAAAUUGAUGUGUGUGGAAUAUUGAACGAUACAACUGGUACCAUCAUGUCAUGCGCAUGGAAGAAUCCAAACACCAAAAUCGGACUUAUUGUUGGUAUGUUGUGUAAAUAGACAAUUUUAACGGGCUAGUCCCAUUAACUCAAUGAGUUUGUGUGAAGUGGUAUAUCACACAAUUGGAUUAACAUUUGAUAUUAACUGUAUACUUUUUAAUAUCAUUUUCUUUCUAAUUCUAUCUAUUAGAAAUCUAUUUAACAAUUUUAUUUUAUUUCAAUAAUAUUAUAAUUUUCUUCCAUUCUUUUAAUAAUUAUUAAUAUAAUUGUGCUAAAUAAUACCUUACAUUAAUAACCAAUAAGAAAUAAUAAUAAUAAUUUGUUACCAUUUUUCACAAGGUAUAAUAAUAUGUUUAUUUUUAAGUGUGUGUAGUUUAAAAUAUCAUAUUUUUCUAGGUUAGUUAUAUUAUAUAAUUUGUACUUUUUAUUUUUAUUUUCAUUAUUUAACUGUUAAUUAGUUAUUAGUUUGUUCAUCAGACACCAGUUAUUUCUAUUGCUGAUCUUCAUAGUGAAACAAAUGACCUCUUGUUAGUAGUAACGUAACUGUCAUUGGCCAAAAGUCAAGUUUGAAAUUGCAUUAUAAAUAAUAUGAGAACAAUAUUAUUUCUUUUUUUAUCUGACAUUUAAACACAUUUAAUUUGAAUGAUACAAAAUUGAAAAAUGCCUCUGAAAAUUUUGCCACAUAAAUUAUCAAAAAACUGUAACAUAUAUUUGUAAAUAUUAAUAAAAAAAAAAAACCUUAUUCAAAUUAAUGUACAUAUUAAAUAAUCUACUGUUAAAUGGAGAAUAUACUAGGUGAAUUAAUAUUGCGCUGAAAAUUAAAAAAAUUUAAUAUUUCUACGUGUUAUUUUUUUAAUUUUUUAUUGUUUUUUGACUUAUUGACACUGCAGCUAUUUUUACUGAAUAACAGUAUUAUGUGAUGAAACCAUCUGUGUCUGUCAUCGCUUUUGCUUUUUAAUUAUUAACUAACAAGUGAUCGGCACCCAAGCGCCUAACGUUUUCAAUUAUUAUUAUUAUUAUAUUGGAAUAAUUUGGAUAUGAUCGCGUGCCUUGGGCGUCCGAAGCGUAAAUUAAAAAAAGUGAUAUCACUACUGUUCUAUAAAACAAUAUUAAUUUAUGUCCCUAUACUAUUUUUGAAGGAACGGGAUGUAAUGCUUGUUAUGUUGAAAAAGUCGAAAACGCAGAACUGUUUGAUGGUGACAAAUCGAAACCACACGUGAUUGUUAACACUGAAUGGGGCGCGUUUGGAGAUGACGGAACAAUGGACUCCAUACGUACAAAAUACGACCGGGAAAUCGACGAAAACUCAUUGAACCCAGGUCAACAAAGGUUAGUUUUUUCUCACUCCCUCUUUUGAAUCGUCAGUGUUUUGUAUGGUAGUGGUUUUUAACAUUGCGUGUUUACUAUUUUCAGAUUUGAGAAAAUGAUCAGCGGUAUGUACAUGGGCGAGAUCGUGAGGUUGGCCAUCGUAGAUUUGGCAAACCAAAACAAACUGUUCGACGGAAGACUGUCUGAACAGAUGAAAACAUCUGGAGCUUUCGGUACGUCGUUCGUAUCAGACAUUGAAAGGUAAUUCACAAUUUAUUAUAGCCAAUCAAUUUCAUGGGGUGGCUUAGUUAUUAAUCGCCUAACAAACAGAAGAUAAUAUUUUACCUAGUGGAUGGAGAUUAUGUCACGUAUAUUCAUAGAACUCUGGUCCAAGGUCUUACCCCAGCAUUUUUAUUUAUUGAAAAUUAUGAGCAAAAACUGCUCAUUAAAUCUGUAUAUUUAAUAUACAUCAAAUACUAUUUAGUCAUAUUAAAAUUCCUCCAAAAAUACUGGCGUUGAUUCAAAAACUAUGUGUGUUCAAAAACAAUAGUCCUCUCUUCAUCCAAAUGACUUUAGCACCCCCAUUGAGGUUACAUUGAAAUUGUAACUGUAUUUUUUUUUUUUAUGUAUAGUGAUAAGGCCAACUAUAGAGAGACAUUGAAAGUACUUAACGAAAUGGGUAUCACCGAUCCAUCGCUGGUCGACUGUGCCAAUGUACGAUACAUUUGUGAGUGUGUGUCUAAAAGAUCAGCUCACUUGGUGUCUGCCGGUCUGGCCGCGCUACUCAACAAAAUGGGAGAGAAAACUGUCACAAUUGGCGUUGACGGUUCUGUUUACCGAUUCCAUCCCUACUUCCAUAAGCUCAUGGUCGAAAAAGUCAAACAGCUGGUCAGCCCCGAAAUCAAAGUGAGUUAAUAAUCAAUGUGUAACGUGCAUUAAUAUCUUUCCUUUCCCCAUGAUUAAUAAUAAUAUUUCUAUAAAUGCCACCAUUUAACUUUCAGUUCGACCUGAUGUUGUCUGAAGAUGGAAGUGGUCGUGGAGCAGCCCUCGUAGCUGCUGUAGCGGUCAGGGACGAACUACCAUCGGCAACAAACGGAUUCGUCACAAAAUAAUAUAUUAGCGGCAGUCCACUAGUGAGUCAAUGUUACCAAAAAAUGCUCGAAGUACAUAAAACAUUAUUUUUAGCAUUAUUUGAUUUGAAUUUUUUUUUUUUUUAAAGAAAAAAACCUUUGGUGCUAACGCUAAGUGUCCCUUAGGCAUAUUUACACUUUACAACGAGAGUAUUGUUUGUUUUAGAGUGUUGUCAUUGUUGUUGAGUAUUAAAUCCUGAUUGUUCAUUGUUAAAUAUGUUUUCUUUUAGAUUUUAGAUCAUAAUACAUUUAUAUUUAAAUCAAAUCGGCACUAAACGUAUCCAUCAUUAUAUUUUAUACCAAUUAUUAUAAUAUAUUAUGUAUUUGUAUUAUGUAUGGAAAUGAAAAAAAAACAAAAUAUCUAUAUUUUAGUUUUAUAUAUAAAUAUGUGUUAUUGAUUUAUAAAUACUGGGUAUUAUAUAUCUAUGACAAUAAUAGUGAUAAAGCCCAAUGUAUGCCUAAUUUAUUAUUAUUAUUAUUAUUAUUAUUAUUAUUAUUUUUAUUAUUAUAUAAACAUAUUAUGUACGUGUAUGUCUAGUUUUGAAUCGACCAUCGAUUAAAUUUUUACCAUUAUCAUUGCUGUCGAGCUCGAAAUUAGUUUGAUCAUUAAUAUUGAUGUUUUUUAAAAAUAUUUAUUUCUUUUAUAUUAUUAAACAUUUUGAUAUCCACAGUUUUAGCUACGAACAGUACCUGAAUACAAAUUUUAUUGUAGGAUUAUAUAUAUACAUAUAUAUAUAUUUAUUUUUUUUUAACCAGAAAACAAAAUUAUACUAUUUUUUCUUUUUGGAGAACUGUUGUCAUGUAAUUUGUACUUAAGGUUAUAUUAGUAAAACACUAAUUUAUGAAUAAAUUAUGUCAUAUAGAUAAUAUAUACUACUAUAACAUUAUAUACACGUUGAUUAAAAUCUAAAAGCUUCGGUUGAUUAGUUUUGUACUUAACUGGUACACUUAUUGUAAUAUAUUAUAAUACCUAUACAAACUCGUAAAUAUUUUAUUGUUGAAAUUUAAAAAAAAGAUUUUAUUUCAAAAUAAAAAAACUGAUAUCAAAAGUAUAAGCUUUGUGUAUUUAUUUAUUUUUCUUUGAAUCCAACCUCACUGAUUUUGUACAUAAAACAAUUUAGAUUAUUAUUUCAAACCAAG